CUGAAACAGCAAAAUGUUGUCAUUCGAGGAAGUCGCAUCCAGAUUGGAAAGUGCAGGACAGAGUCAUAUUUUACAGUUUUGGUCGACUCUGUCUGCAGAGGAAAAAGACACAUUCCUGGCUGACUUGUCUCAAAUAGAUCCCGAUGACUUGAGGGAACAUUGUCGGGGCGCUGCGGAGGCAGCCAGCCGCCACUCAAGCCCUGAAGACCUGCUGGACGAGCGGAUGCAGCCCGUUCCUCCUGAAUUUAUCGGCAGUGUACGGACAAGCCAACCAGACACUUUGAAAGAAUGGGAGGACGAAGGGUUUUUGCAGGUAUCCAAGAGCAGAGUAGCUGUGUUACUGUUAGCUGGAGGACAAGGUACACGGCUUGGUGUGCCUUAUCCCAAAGGCAUGUACAACGUUGGGCUACCCAGUGGGAAAACCUUGUACCAAAUCCAGGCUGAACGGAUUCGGAAAAUACAGGAGCUGGCAGACCUGAGACACAGCUCUAAAUGCACAGUGCCAUGGUAUAUAAUGACCAGUGAGUUCACCCUUGAGCCCACAGAGAAGUUCUUUAAAGAAAACAGUCACUUUGGUCUGGACCCGGCUAACAUAGUCAUGUUUGAGCAGCAGAUGAUUCCAGCCGUGUCCUUCGACGGAAAAGUCAUUCUGGAAAAAAAGAAUAAGAUAGCUUUGGCACCAGAUGGAAAUGGUGGGCUUUACCGUGCCCUGGUGGACAGUGAGGUGUUGGAGGACAUGGAGAGGAGAGGGGUGGAGUAUCUGCAUGUUUACUGUGUUGACAACAUCCUGGUUAAAAUGGCUGAUCCAGUGUUCAUCGGGUUCUGUGUGACGAAUGGGGCAGACUGUGGUGCCAAGGUGGUGGAGAAGGCAUAUCCAGCAGAACCGGUGGGUGUGGUGUGUCAGGUGGAUGGUGUGUAUCAGGUAGUGGAAUACAGUGAGAUCCAAGCCAAGACAGCAGAACUUCGUGGGCCAGAUGGAAAACUUCUAUACAGCGCUGGGAACAUCUGCAACCACUUCUUUACGCGAGACUUCCUGCAAGAGGUGGCACAGAAAUUUCAGGGUCAGAUGAAACAACAUGUGGCCAUUAAGAAAGUGCCCUUUGUGGACCAUGAGGGGAAUCAGGUGAAACCCUCCAAACCCAACGGGAUUAAAAUGGAGAAAUUUGUUUUUGAUGUAUUCCAGUUUGCAAGGAAGUUUGUUGCAUUUGAGGUUUUUAGAGAGGAGGAGUUUUCCCCAUUGAAAAAUGCUGAUGGGGCACCAGUGGACACACCCACCACAGCACGGCGGGCACUGCUCAGACAGCACUACAGCUGGGCGCUGGCAUCUGGAGGGCAUUUUGUCACGGACCAGGGGGAGACCAUAGCCCCUAAAAAUAGACUGGGUCAGGACGAAGAUCCUCCUGCCGUCUGUGAGAUCUCUCCACUCGUGUCAUACUUCGGAGAGGGUUUGGAGGUGUUGCUGAAUCAGAAGAAGUUGAGGUCUCCCUUCAUUCUAGAUGAGAAGAAUGCUAAAAAUAUAGUCUAGAUCCUCUCUCAGGCUUGUAUC